CAAGACCCACCCCUCCUCUUCCUCCUCAUCCUCAGCCUACUCAGCGUAAAGACAAUGAGGAUGAAGACCUUAAUGAUGAUCUGUUUCCACAUAAUGAACAGUAUCUUUCAGAUGAAGGCAUUGAAGCUUGCACAAGCUCUCCUGACAAAGUCAAUGUAAAUGACAUCAUCCUGAUUGCUCUCAAUACAGAUCUGAGAACAAUUGGCAAGAAAUUCCUCCCCAGUGACAUCAAUAGUGGAAAGGUAGAAAAGGUUAAUGGCUGCUCUUGGCUAGAUCACAUGACCCUGCGUGAUUCUGGAAUGCUCCCUGGCGAGCUCGAAGGUCCAUGUGUUUUGCAAAUUCAAAAAGUUCGCAAUGUUGCUGCACCAAAGGAUAACGAAGAAUCUCAGGCUGCACCAAGGAUGCUGCGAUUGCAGAUGACUGAUGGUCAUAUAAGUUGCACAGCAGUAGAAUUUAGUUACAUGUCAAAAAUAAGCCUGAACACACCACCUGGAACUAAAGUUAAGCUCUCAGGCAUUGUUGACAUAAAAAAUGGAUUCCUGCUCUUGAAUGACUCUAACACCACAGUUCUUGGUGGUGAAGUGGAACACCUUAUUGAGAAAUGGGAGUUACAGAGAAGCUUAUCAAAACACAAUAGAAGCAAUAUUGGAACUGAAGGUGGACCACCUCCUUUUGUGCCUUUUGGACAGAAGUGUGUAUCUCAUGUCCAAGUGGAUAGCAGAGAACUUGAUCGAAGAAAAACAUUGCAAGUUACAAUGCCUAUCAAACCUACAAAUGAUAAUGAUGAAUUUGAAAAGCAAAGGACGGCUGCUAUUGCUGAAGUUGCAAAGAGCAAAGAAACCAAGACAUUUGGAGGAGGUGGUGGUGGUGCCAGAAGUAAUCUCAAUAUGAAUGCUGCUGGUAACCGAAAUAGGGAAGUUUUACAGAAAGAAAAGUCAACCAAAUCAGAGGGAAAACAUGAUGGUGUCUAUAGAGAACUGGUUGAUGAGAAAGCUCUGAAGCACAUAACAGAAAUGGGCUUCAGUAAGGAAGCAUCCAGGCAAGCUCUUAUGGAUAAUGGCAACAACUUAGAAGCAGCAUUGAACGUGCUUCUUACAAGCAAUAAACAGAAACCUGUUAUGGGUCCUCCUCUGAGAGGUAGAGGAAAAGGCAGGGGACGAAUAAGAUCUGAAGAUGAAGAGGACUUGGGAAAUACAAGGCCAUCAGCACCAAGCACAUUAUUUGAUUUCUUGGAAUCUAAAAUGGGAACUUUGAAUGUGGAAGAACCUAAAUCACAGCCACAGCAGCUUCAUCAGGGACAAUACAGAUCGUCAAAUACUGAGCAAAAUGGAGUAAAAGAUAAUAAUCAUCUGAGACAUCCUCCUAGAAAUGAUACCAGGCAGCCAAGAAAUGAAAAACCGCCUCGUUUUCAAAGAGACUCCCAAAAUUCAAAGUCAGUUUUAGAAGGCAGUGGAUUACCUCGAAAUAGAGGUUCUGAAAGACCAAGUACUUCUUCAGCAUCUGAAGUAUGGGCCGAAGACAGAAUCAAAUGUGAUAGACCGUAUUCUAGAUAUGACAGAACUAAAGAUACUUCAUAUCCUUUAGGUUCUCAGCAUAGUGAUGGUGCUUUUAAAAAAAGAGAUAACUCUAUGCAAAGCAGAUCAGGAAAAGGUCCCUGCUUUGCAGAGGCAAAAGAAAAUCCACUUCCUCAAGAAUGUGUAGAUUAUAAUAAUCAAAAACGUGGAAAAAGAGAAAACCAAACAUCUAUUUCUGAUUAUUUUUAUGACAGGAAAUCACAAACAAUAAAUAAUGAAGCUUUCAGUGGUAUAAAAAUUGAAAAACAUUUUAAUGUAAAUACUGAUAAUCAGAAUCCAGUUCGAAGUAAUAGUUUCAUUGGUGUUCCAAAUGGAGAAGUAGAAAUGCCACUGAAAGGAAGACGAAUAGGACCUAUUAAGCCAGCAGGACCUGUCACAACUAUACCCUAUGAUGAUAAAAUAUUUUACAGUAGUGGGCCCAAAAGAAGAACUGGGCCAAUUAAGCCAGAAAAAAUACUAGAAUCAUCUAUUCCUAUGGAGUAUGCAAAAAUGUGGAAACCUGGAGAUGAAUGUUUUGCACUUUAUUGGGAGGACAACAAGUUUUACCGGGCAGAAGUUGAAGCCCUCCAUUCUUCGGGUAUGACGGCAGUUGUUAAAUUCACUGACUACGGAAACUAUGAAGAGGUGCUACUGAGCAAUAUCAAGCCCAUUCAGACAGAGGCAUGGAAAGAAGCAGGAUAGAAUCACUGAAUCUUUUGGAGAGUCUGGUAUUUCUUUUCUCAUACUUUUAUAAUCAAAUGGUUGUUGAUGUUUUAUGAAUUUGCAUAAGUUACUAUAACAAACAUCUCUGGAUCAUGCACAUCAUGAUCAGCCUUUCUUCUUUAUCUGCAUAAAUAAUUAACUUAGUUGAGAGAAAUAUCUCCUCGAAAUAUAGAGGCCACCAGCUUAAUAUAUCUCGACCUAUUUGUAUUUUAAAAAAUAUUUGUGUGCACAUAGAUGUCAAAAAACCCUGAAGAAAUAUAGUCUGUGUUGCUGUCAGUACAUGUAAUGUGGAGUUAGUAUAGAAUUCUCUUAGCCCCUGAAAGUAUUAAUGUUGGGGUCUUUGAGUACUUCUUAAAAAUUUUGGUGAAGAGGAAAUUAUCACAAGUUUUAAGUCAAUCAAAAAUGUACAAAAUUAUCAAAAAACGAAACAUUCACUGUACCAAUAAGAAGAUAACUAUAACUGAUAAAUCACACUAGAAAAAUUAAAGGGCUGCAAAGCUGCAGGGGAAUGGUUAGAGAGGCCUUAGCACAAUUAUACUAUGGAUUGUGGAAUUUUUAACUUUUUAACUUGUGCACUAUAUAUGUGCACUACAAUUUUUUUUUAUUGUGAAAUGGUAUCUUUUAUUAAGAUUUAUGUUUGUUAUUGCCAUAAGAUUUUGGAAAACUCCUGUUUUCCUGAAUGUAGCAGUGAUCAUUUAGUGAAGAUUUUUUUAAACUAGUUUGCAGAAAAACAGUCAGAAAAGCCUGCAUAUAAGCCAAAAGCCUUUGUAGAAAAUUAGUUGCUUGUAUUGUCUUUUAAAAGUAUAAGCAUAAAUCAUUAAAUAAAAAGCAUGAUAUAUGAAGUGACUCGAUGACUAAGUUAAUAGCCCGUUGUAUGGAAAAUUAAAAUAAAAAUCAAGUUAAUACUUUAAAUGUAAGUGUUAAUGUUUUUCUCAUGAAAUUUAGAAAUUAUUUGCCUUAAAUUUGUCAGUAGGCCAAAUAUUUAUUUCUCCUUUUCGUGUGGAUAUAUAUUUUUACUUCUAGAACAUACGCACUUGGGGAGUAUAUUUUUGAAAUAUUUUGAAAGUGUUAAUGUUGGUGUCUUUGAGUACACAUUUAUAUGGCCAAAAUGUGUGUUUUGAUUAUGAUUAAAUACUAAUUUUCUUCAAAAUGAUUCAUUAAACUUCUGUUGUCAUCCGUGAUUUAUUUGUUCUAGCUAGAUUUCACCUGUUAUUUUUUGUUUGUUUGUUUGUUUGUUUUGGCUGUCUUAAGAUAUUCUAUCUUAAUAUGAUGUCUUUAUUGCAGUGAACUUUCUAGUUAACACACAUGAGAUGUGUGUUAUUAUUUAAUAAUAAUAAUAUCUCCUUGAAAUAUAGAGGCCACCAGCUUAAUAUAUCUCUUAGCCCCUGAAGGUAUUAACUGGAUAAAUAACUCAUUAUUAACUGCAUAAAUGCUCUUAUUUAUCUCAAAAAAUGAGUUCUUUUAACAUUGUAGGAUUUUUCUUAUUUUAGCAAAGUAAAUGAAGCAUUAUGGAGUCUCAUGUUUUACUAGUAAAAUUACAUAUGGAAAAAAACAGAUUUUCUGUUUCCUACCGCUGUAUGAGAAAACUUUAGGGGCAAAGAAAACCUGCUACUUUUGUUUUCCACAGGCCCUUUCCAAAUUGGUUCCUUUAAACUCUAAAACUAAUUCCAGGAAACCAGCAAAAAGAUGCCACAGGCAAUUUGGAAGCUUGUAAAAUACCCUGGUGCUGCUGGUCAGGCAAACUUUUUGUGUUGUUCCUUCUGAAUUGUUCUCCUAAACCUGGGAAAACAUUGCUGGGUCCUCAUUUUCCAUAAAUAUUCAUGACCUGAAUUUUAUUGAGACUUUUAUAUCCUAAGAAGUGUUUUAGAGUGUGCUGAUACCUAAACUUUCUUUUUAAAAGUUCAUAGUAUCCACUUCUUGGUAUCAGGAAAUGAUCAUUGUUCAGCUAUUAUUUCAACUAUAAAAAUGAUUAUUGUGUAGGUAAUUGUUAGUUCUAAGACCUUAACAUACAAUGCACAUCAUCUUGGCCAGUACUUCUGGAAAGUAAUAGGCAAAUUGUUAUUGUCUUUUAAGUUGUCAUCCUGUCUUAAGUGUUUUUCUGUAGAAUACUCAUUUAUUCAAUAAAUAUUCAUUAAGUGUCUAGUACAUCUCUUAGGUGUCGGGCACUGGUGAGGGAAUACUUAAGUCUAUAAAACACAAAAAUCCCUGCCCUCUGCACAAAGAUAAGAAAGUCAUAGUUUUUAUUAUAUGAAACAAACUGAAAUAUCUGAUUAGGGUCUGAAUUCUUCUUGAAGCUUUAAACAAAAUACGAGUACAGAAAAUGUUAUUUACUGAAGUUUUAAUUUAAAUAAUUAUAGAUUAUUAUUCCAUAUUAGUUUAAAGAUAAAAUUAAUGUGGAAGAAGAAAGCAUAACUUAAAGAAUUGUAUCUCUUUAAAAAGUUCUUAUGGCCGGGCGCGGUGGCUCAAGCCUGUAAUCCUAGCACUUUGGGAGGCCGAAACGGGCGGAUCACGAGGU